UGUGCUCUUCCAAGGAUCGAAGCAGCAGCUGGAAGGUGAGUGGAGGGCCGGAGGAAGGAGAGUCCGGGAGCAAGUCGAGCUGUUCGGUUCGAAGCUAUCUAUACCAUGCUUGCGCUUAAAAAAAGGAGUUUUAAACCAGUGCUAGAAAGUAUAGGAGAAGAGAAGCGCAGAGGAACUUCCUCUUCCGAAUGACUAAUGGGAGGAAGGUGAUGUGCAGGGCGGCUCUUCUGCUCUUCCCAUGCUCGAAGCAGCAGCUGGAAGACAAAGAAGAUGGCAGUGAGCACUCUGGACAACUGUGGAUAACAAGCAACAUUGAAUAGCAAAGCAAAUCAGUCCCCAAAAUCACAAUAUCUUCCACUUCCUUCAGAGAGCCUCACAAUUCUUCACCUUCCUCAGCAGGUGAAAGAGAAACAAGAGAAAAUCAAGUAGAGAUUUCUACAUGGAGAAAGCAGUGUAUGUGAAACUCAAGCAUACAUUACAUGAAAAGUCAAGGAAGAUUAUUUUUCCAUUCAGCAAAAGAGGGAAGUGAAAAAGUCAUUGGGGAGGAAAAGGUCAAUGGGAAAGCCAUGUAGAGCAGACCGUGUUGCAGGCCUUGCUCUGGGAGGAAGAAAACGGCUUGAAUCAAAAUACAACUAAAGAAGGGACCAUCCAUAUUUUUUAACCACCUCAAGAAUAUUAGUUGUGGAAAAGCUCCAUAGAGGUUCCUGUUGUCGGAAAGAUGCAACUUACAAAUCACAGCUGACUGCCUCAGAGGAUCCUGACUGGAGAAAAGCCAUGCAAAUAUUCUGAAUGUAGCAAAACCUUUGGUCAGAACGACACCGUUUUGUUUCAUGGAAGGACCCACACAGGACAUAAGCCCUAAAAAUGCUCCCAAUGCGGUAAAUGCUAUAGCAAGCAUGGCAACGUGUACUCACACCAAGGAAAAACCGUUUGAAUGUCCUGAUUGUGGGAAAAGGUUACAGACAUAAUUCCGGACUCAUGAGACCCCAGAGGAGUCACACAGAAGAGAAACCCUUUGAGUGUCCUGUUUGUGGGAAAUGUUUCGGUCGAAAUUCUCACCUCGUUUCACAUCAGAGGACUCACACAGGAGAGAAACCCUUUGAGUGUCCAGAUUGUGGAAAAGGUUUCAGUCACAAUUCCAGCCUGGUGAAUCACCAGAGGACUCACACAGGAGAGAAACCCUUUGAGUGUCCUGAUUGUGGGAAAUGUUUCAGUCACAAUUCCAGCCUGGUGAUACAUCAGAGGACUCACACAGGAGAUAAACCCUUUGAGUGUCCUGAUUGUGGGAAAAGUUUCGGUCGAAAUUCUCACCUCGUUUCACACAAGAUCAUUCACACAGGAGAGAAACCCUUUGAGUGUCCAGAUUGUGGAAAAGGUUUCAGUCACAAUUCCAGCCUGGUGAAUCACCAGAGGACUCACACAGGAGACAAACCCUUUGAGUGUCCUGAUUGUGGGAAAUGUUUCAGUCACAAUUCCAGCCUGGUGAAUCACCAGAGGACUCACACAGGAGAUAAACCAUUUGAGUGUCCUGAUUGUGGGAAAUGUUUCAGUCGAAAUUCUCACCUUGUUUCACAUCAGAGGACUCACACAGGAGAGAAACCCUUUGAGUGUCCAGAUUGUGGAAAAGGUUUCAGUCAGCAGACCAACCUGGUGAAUCACCAGAGGACUCACACAGGAGAGAAACCCUUUGAGUGUCCACAUUGUGGAAAAGUUUUCAGUCAGCAGUCCAGCCUGGUGAUACAUCAGAGGACUCACACAGGAAAGAAACACUUUGAAUGUCCUCUUUGUGGGAAAAGUUUUAGUCAGAAUUCCCAUCUGAUUAAUCAUCAGAAGAUUCACACAGGAGAGAAACCCUUUGAAUGUCCUGAUUGUGGGAAAAGUUUCAGUCGCAAUUCUACACUGGUGCUACAUCAGAGAACUCACACAGGGGAGAAACCGUUUGAAUGUUCUGAUUGUGGAAAAUGUUUCAGUCAGCAUUCCCACCUGGUGCUACAUCGGAGAACUCACACAGGCGAGAAACCCUAUGAAUGUCCUGAUUGUGGAAAAUGUUUCAGUCAGCAGUCCAGCCUGGUGAAACACCAGAAGACUCACACAGGAGAAAACCCAUAGCAGUGUCCAGCCUAUGGGAAAGAUUUCAGUAUGAGGACUAGCCUUCGAAAUGAUAUGUUUAUAUGCACAGGGUUGAAACCAUUUCAGUGCCCUGAAUGUGGACAAUCCUUCAGGCAAGAUUCCACCCUUAUUGCACACAAGAAAUUUCACACGAGACCCAAAGUGAUAAGUGUAGAGAAGGCUUGAAUUUCAUUUCUAAUUUCCUAUUGUAAGUCCAGCUGAGAAAUUGACUACCAUAUUUUCCCGAGUAUAAGACGCACUGGAGUAUAAGACGCACCAAGGUUUUGAAGAGGCAAAUUUAUUUUAAAAAAAGGUUUU